AUGACACAGAACCGAGGUUGCCGCGACCGACUGCUUAAACUAUCUACACAAAUCCAAAAUACUUGGGCUAAGCAGGACGUGGUACUACGUGUCAAUCGGGCAUGGAUUCAACCGCCUCCGCAAUACAAACCCAAACCCGUCGAUUCAAACAGUGCCGGGGACACAUCAGAGACCGAUGCCGGUAAUGCAGAAUCUUUGCUGUACAAUCACGAUUCCAGUGGAAAUGAAGGUCCAACCACAAGUCACAUGCCCCACGCUCAGCAAACAGUCUCCACCUCUGCUUCUGCACCUGCGCAUCGCACAGCCGGACUGGGACGUACUCAGUCCGGUCCGGAUAUGCCUUCACCCCCCAUCAUCGAUAUGACUCCAGAAAUGAUGGUGGAUGAGAAUCGUCCGGAUUCGAUUGAACAAACCUCAUCUGGUCGAUCGCACCCAGUGAAUAUCCAUUAUGACUACCUCUCUCUCGUUCCCCCACCAUCUCCAAUACCAACACUAUCUAAAUGGUCAGCGAUGCAGAACUAUCGAUUCGGUUCUCAUGGUCGAAUCCACUCCUCUCGGUUUGAUCGACCCCAUAUUCAGCCAGCUCCACUUCGUUAUAAUCCGUCAAACAUGGACUUCCAGCCUCCAGCUGGAAGACCUUAUCGUGGUACAAGCGCGACCAAGAUGAUGCGAUUGCCUCGACACAUUAAUCCAGCUGAGGACAGUGCUAAUGAGACCAAAUCGCUCGAGUCGAACACAACUCGAAAUGGACGAAAAGUGGGUCGGUCGGUUUAUUCCUUACCCAUGCCAUUGGACACUGGUUAUACCAGUGUGAACACCAUGAGUCAGUUGGCAUUCGAGCAGUGGUUACAGAUGCGAAUGGAAGAAUUUCAUUAUGCCGGUCGGGCAGUCGAUGUUCAGCUGGUCUCGCGUGCAGGUUACAUUAAUAUGCGUAAUCCGGAAUUCAGUUUGGGUGUACUGGCACAAAUUGCCUACUAUGUGGCUCAGUUUGAUUGGUGUUAUUUCAGUCGAUCGGGUCACGUGCACUGUUCAGUAAAACCAGGUGAGUGUUUGUGUUUCUGCCUUGUGUCUUGUGAAUGGAUUCAAAAAGACAUUGUAUAG